AAAACGUAAACAAAACGCUUACGGUGCUGCCGGUCGGUCAGUACAGGAGUUCUAGAAACUUCAAAACUCGAUCUCAUAUUGUAUACUUUUACCAUAACCUUAUGCAGUCCCACAAAUGUGGCAGCUCCACAUUUUUUAUCUGCUGAUAGCAAAAUCACAACAACAGCAACAGCUUGCGCAAAAAUUUUGGUUGGACCCUUGAACAUACAUUCAUACAUACAUAAUUUAAAUUUAUGAACUUUGCGAUAACGUCGCUCACAUCACAGCUGGCCCUGGAGGCGCCCCAAUUCCAUACAAUAUGACACAAACUUUAACUGUGUGUAUUUGUGAUUAUUGGCAACGUCGCCACUACUACCAUCCCAGUAGCUGCAACAAUGAUCCAAUGUUCCGGGUCGCAGCUGGCGGUAGCUUCAAUCACAACAACCAGAACUUACGCCGCUUGCAACUAAAACUGGACGCUAUUAGUGGCAACUACUGGCUGCGGGAGAUAUUGCAACAGCAGGCACUUCGGCGGCGGUUACAGGAGCGCCAUGGUGUACAACUUUUAUGGCUAGAACUGCAGCCGCCGGUACGUGAUACCAUCGACUACAAAUGGGCCGAUAUGCUGGCGCACACGCUCUGGGAGCACAUCGAAGUGGAACAUCUGAUGUCUUGGUUGUCCACACUAGGCGGUGGCUUUUCUGCGCUUGGCGAACAGUUCGAACGUUGUGCCGACACAGCGGGUAAGAUUUCCUUACAACAAUUGCACAUUGGCAUGCGUUUGGGUGAUCCAUUCCUGCAGGCGCGCUGCAAACUAUACUAUAGCAUAUCGCUGAUACAGCGUGGACAGCUUCGUCUGGCCAAGCAUCUCAUACGCUCCCAAUAUCAGUUUGCAAAGGUUCACAAGGAGCACGACAUUCGACUAGUGCGGAUGUGUCAAGGGAUUUGGUUGCGCCUUUGCUUCGAGUACAAGGAGCGCCAGAAACAGAAGAUGCUGGCUCGUGAAUCAUGCGCCAUUGGUGAUGGCGAGCGGAAAGCUUGUGAUGGGAAGCUGGCCCCGCCACUCAUUGUGUAGAUUUCUUUCCUUAUUUAUUGCUAAUGUAUAAGUUAUACAACUUGUUCGCACGGGCAAACACAAAUAUGUACGUUGACAAACCAAAUGCAACCACUCAAAGGGUAAUACCGUAGAUAGUAAACAGAUCGCGGGACAUAUACGAUUUUUUUUUAACAAAAAAUAAUAUUUUUUCUAGGCAUGUGUUUUUGUAAAAUCCAAAAUUGUUUGGCCCUGUACUUAUGGCCACGGUCAUAGGGCUUUUCAAAAUGUAUUUCCUGUGCGAAUUAUCGUUAGGCAUGUUAAAAGCAAAAAGUUUAUAAAUUGUAUUUAGGUAAAUAUUUGUAUUCAAUAUAUUUAUUUAUUUAUACGUA